AUGGCAGAUAAACAAGUGAUGAUAGUGGCAUUGGAUGAAAGUGCUCACAGUUUCUAUGCACUUGAAUGGAUUCUCACACAAUUCUAUAGUCCUCCUUCAAGUUCUACUUUCAAGCUCAUCAUUGUCCAUGCCAAGACUUCUCCUGUUUCUGCUAUUGGACUUGGUGGACCUGGUUUAGGAUCCACCGAUGUGCUAAAUCUAGUGGAAGCAGAUCUAAAGAAGACAGCAGAAAAGGUCAUUUCUAGAGCAAAGGAUCUCUGCACCAGUAGAUCAGUAACUGACGUCCAGUACGAAGUGAUUGAAGGAGACGCAAGGAACGUCAUGUGUGAGGCUGUAGAGAAAUUUCAUGCAUCUGUUUUGACACUUGGUAGCCAUGGCUAUGGAGCUUUCAAACGCUUGCGUCCCUGUCAUGGUCAUGGACAUGGACAUGGACAUGGACAUGGACAGCCAAGAUUUUGUUGGGGGCGUCGAGGAAUUAGGAUUAUAGUGGGUGUGUUAUGCGACGCUGUUGGGGUGUGCGGGUGUGUUGCUUCGACGCUGUGGGUGUGGCGAAUUGGUGGUCGUUUGCUGUUGGCGGAUCUGUGGGGUGGCGGAUUGGUGGUUGGUUGUUUAUGUUUGCGGUCGUUGGUGGCGGCGGAUCUGUUGUUGUUGGGGUUCAAUUUUCGUCCUGUGGCUGAGGAGAUGAGAGAGUACAUCUUUGUCUGGAGGAGUGUAAUGGAGGUGGUGGUGGUGGAGGAGAGUGAUGAAGAGGGAUGUCUACUUCUACAGUUUGUUUGGAAGAGUGUGAUGGAAGCGGUGAUAAUGGUAGCGGUGGUUGUGGAGAAUGGUGGGAUGAGCGAUGGUGCAAUAGUCAACGACGAUAGAGAAAUUGGAUGA